GAGACAAAAACGGGUUUGCUUCUGACACUUGUUGUCUGCUCGGUGUGACGAAGUCUUGGUCGUUGUUUUGAACUCUUUUGUGCGCGAGGCCUGCAGCAGACCAAACUUUCUCACAGUGUAAAUCAACCGAGCACAUAGUAUCUAAGUGUGUGUGUGUGUCUUGAGUUUCACAGCAGCAUGGAAGGCACCACCAAAAUCAACGAGGAGCUACGGCCUGCAGUGAGGCCGCUGGAAGUUCCCCAGCGGCUUCUUCUUGGACCGGGACCGUCAAAUUCUCAUCCGGAAGUCCUGCGCGCGAUGAGUUUGCCCUCUCUGGGCUACCUGGAUCCGGCUUUCAUCCAGGUGCUGCAGGACAUUCAAGCCCUGCUGCGGUACGUCUGGCAAACGACGAACGAGACCACGUUCUGCAUCAGCGGAACAGGCUCCGCCGCGAUGGAAGCGUGUGUCGCGAAUAUUGUGGAAAAAAACGACGUCGUCCUGGUUGCAGUGUGUGGGUAUUUUGGCAGUCGCUUGGUCGACAUGGCUGAGCGGUAUGGUGGAGACGUCCGGGUGGUGAACAAGCCAUGGGGACAAGCUUUCACGCUAGACGAAAUCCGCGAAGCUCUCGAGAAACACAGGCCGCGGGUUUUCGGCAUGGUCCACGUGGAGACCUCUACGGGAGUCGUUCAGCCUAUGGAAGGCAUCGGGAGUUUGUGCCGCGAGUACGAUUCGCUGUUGCUCCUCGAUACCGUCACGAGUCUUGGUGGCGUACCGGUCCAUAUCGACGCAUGGAAAGUCGAUCUAGCCUACAGCUGCAGUCAGAAAGGAUUGAGCGCCUCGCCGGGUGCUUCGCCGAUCACCAUUGGCCCUCGCGCUCUCGAAAAAAUCCGCGCGCGCCGUGGAAAAGUCCCCAACUGGUAUCUUGACAUUUCACUCUUGGAGAAGUACUGGGGCCCACCACGUCAAUACCAUCACACGGCAUCGAUGGUGUGUUACUAUGGCUUGCGCGAGGCCCUACGGGUGGUUGCGGCUGAGGGUAUCUCUACGUGCUGGAAACGACAUCAAGAGAACGCGGCAUAUCUGCAUUCCAAACUCGAAGAGCUGGGCUUGAGUAUGCAUGUGGAGAAGCCUUGGCGAGCGCCAACCCUUACCACGGUCCGCAUUCCAGAUGGUAUCGAUGGAAAAGCCCUGGCUGGGAGAUUGCUUGUGGAAGAGGGCAUCGAAAUCGGGAACGGAAUCGGGGACCUCGCGGCCAUGGCAUACAGACGAAGCGAACCAUGGAUUGGAAAGGCGGCACUCUUUUCAGGUAAGCUUGGAAGUCGGCUUUCUCUCUUUUUGCAGCCGGCUUUUCUCUCAAAGGGCCAAUGGCAUUAUGCUACUAUCAAAACGAUUCAACGCCUAGUUCACCGUUGUGUCAUGAGAAAACGAACGACGCCCCUUCCGGACCCCUCCUCUUUUUUUUCAAUGGCAUUAUGCUACUAUCAAAACGAUUCAACGCCUAGUUCACCGUUGUGUCAUGAGAAAACGAACGACGCCCCUUCCGGACCCCUCCUCUUUCACGGAUUUGCUUUGCACAGAAAGCCGGCAUCGUCGAUGCUGCCCGAGUCAGUGAAACGACAGAGCCGUCUUGCGGAGCAUCCCACCUGGCAUUUCUGUAUCUGUUUGAGAUUCAGGGGCCGCUGGGUCUCCAUCUUUCAAAGUACGACUGUCGGAGAAGAAGCAUGUAGCAGCACCUCCCACCAGAGAACCUGAGGAAAGGUGAUUUCAUGAUGUGUAUCCGAAAACGAGCAAUCGAAGCUAGUAAUGAAGUGCCUUGUUCACAGCCCUAGCUCCCCUCCAUUAAACCAGCGCCAAACAAAUGUCCACAGAUAUGCGGAUGCACUCCCCUAUCAGUUUGAGUGUCGCAGUGCACCAUCGCUUUUGCAUGGGAGAUUUCCCCUACUGUAGCGUUUACAGGCGGCGAAUUCGAUGUCGCCUGCGUUCGCGGACAGAAGCAGAUGGGGUUGCUCUUGUGGAGUGGCCCGUGACCAGCCCACGUUUUUGUUGCUUUCCUCCUUGAGAGCAUUGGUAGAGAUCUCUUGGUCUCUCAGGCACCCUCCACAUCGAAAACAGUGCCAUAGCUGGAGUAGAAAAACACGGUAGUAUAUCGCCCGGAGGCAUUUUCCAGAGGAAUGAAUCAGGCUGCAAGAUGGGAAAGGAUAGUCAAGUUGCCUCGGCAUCUUAUGAGUGAGAAACAGACACUAGCAAGUCAGCUUUGAGGUUUGCUUGCGCUUGAUUCCAGAUCCAAACGACAUUUUUUUCACCUGUCUGCUGAUGAGGCAGAGGAAACAUGUCGUGACAGGGUUUUCGGGCGCAAAGCCACGGGUGAGUUGCGGAACCUCCAAUGUCCCAACUCGUUGAAGGGAAACUGGAUAAAGCUGCACACCUACUCGGAACAACUUGUCCUCAACUAUUUUCACUUUCCAGUGUACUGAAGCACGACGACGGCAGCCGCGGACGUUUUCAGAGACCAGUCGAAACCAACUGUAGUGAAAUCAUACACGCGGUGUUGGGAGUCGACGCGCUUCCGAGUAUGCAACAUGGGUCAGCAGCGCUGGACAGGAACCGGUUAUGAAAGGAAUUUAGGAAAACAAGUCACAACUGAGAAGGUUGGACGCAUCUGUUUGAUUGUAGCACGACACAACUUCAGGAGAAGAAGGCGCAUAUGGUUGCUUCAUGAAAGCGAUUGAUAUCAGACGACCUUAAUUGGAUUUUAUUUUUUCGCAGUGAUAUGUGGGGGUGCUCAAUCGUUUGCUCUGCUUCCUCGCCUCCUGAAGCGGCAGCCAGGCAAAGCCCAAGAUAGCGAUGCCGGACCCUAAAACGCAACGGUGUCAUUGUAUGGAAUUCUAUCUCCAGGAGUGCUUUUGCUUCUGUGAAAAGGGUCAUUUUCCCCCAGUUCUCCUUGGGGACAACUAAUACGCGCACGUAGAGAGAAGGGAGAAGCAUUCACGGCUAGGCCUUUUUUCUGCUUGCGGAGUCGCGAAGGCAACAGUGCAUUGUAAGGGUGGAGUGGAAGAACACGCAGCCCUUCCACCCCGCUUUUCAGCA